AGAAGGGGUGGUUCCAGAUUAGCAUAGCCUCCUCCCUUUCUCCACCUCCUUCUCCUCCAGCCCUUUCCUGAAAGAGGCUGGGGGGGAGUGGUGGGGAGUCUGCUGAAUGGCCUCUCGCUUCCCUAUUCAUUUCUUCUCCCGCUGCUGCCUCCUGCGCUCCUUGGCCGCUGCCGCCGCCAUCCCUCCGUUGCUCCGUGAAUGAAAGGCUGAGGCUGCGGGAGGCGCUGGCUUGAGAACUGCCCUGCAGACACUGCCGGACCGCCCGGGAGGGAACGAGCCGGAGCCGGGAACUGGAGAUGUAUGGUUUUCUUUCUCCUCCCAGCUUAUGAGACAGAGAAUGAUAGGGUGGGAGAGCCAUAGAAGAGGCUAGACUCAUCCAGAGAGGAGAAAUUGAGGUGUCUGUGGCUGCUGUGGUGCCCUUCGUCCCCGAUACAAGAGAUUGGUUGACAACAUCUUCCCUGAGGACCCAGAGGAUGGCCUCGUGAAAACUAACAUGGAGAAGCUGACCUUCUAUGCUCUCUCAGCUCCAGAGAAGCUGGACAGGAUUGGUGCUUACCUCUCUGAAAGGCUGAUCCGUGAUGUGGGUCGCCAUCGAUAUGGCUAUGUGUGCAUCGCAAUGGAGGCUCUGGACCAGCUGCUUAUGGCCUGCCAUUGUCAGAGCAUCAACCUUUUUGUAGAAAGCUUCCUCAAGAUGGUGGCCAAGCUUUUGGAGUCUGAGAAGCCCAAUCUGCAGAUCCUAGGCACAAAUUCAUUUGUGAAGUUUGCCAACAUAGAAGAGGACACUCCCUCCUAUCAUCGGAGCUAUGAUUUCUUUGUGUCACGAUUCAGUGAAAUGUGUCAUUCCAGCCAUGAUGACUUGGAGAUCAAGACCAAGAUCCGUAUGUCAGGCAUCAAAGGCCUGCAAGGGGUGGUGAGGAAGACAGUCAAUGAUGAGUUGCAGGCCAACAUCUGGGACCCACAGCACAUGGACAAGAUUGUUCCUUCUCUGCUGUUCAACCUGCAGCAUGUAGAGGAAGCUGAGAGCAGGUCUCCUUCACCCUUACAGGCCACAGAGAAGGAAAAGGAGAGCCCAGCAGAGCUGGCCGAGAGAUGCCUCCGAGAGCUGUUGGGCAGGGCUGCCUAUGGCAACAUCAAAAAUGCCAUCAAGCCUGUACUCAUUCACCUAGAUAACCAUUCUCUCUGGGAACCCAAGGUGUUUGCCAUCCGUUGCUUUAAAAUCAUCAUGUAUUCAGUUCAGCCCCAGCACUCCCAUCUUGUGAUCCAGCAGCUCCUGAGUCACCUGGAUGCCAACAGCCGAAGUGCAGCUACCGUCCGUGCGGGCAUUGUGGAGGUCCUGUCUGAGGCAGCUGUCAUUGCUGCUACUGGCUCUGUGGGUCCCACAGUGCUAGAGAUGUUCAAUACUUUGCUGAGGCAGCUACGGCUCAGCAUUGAUUAUGCCCUGACCGGCAGCUACGAUGGAGCCGUCAGUGUUGGUACCAAGAUCAUCAAGGAGCAUGAGGAGAGAAUGUUUCAGGAGGCUGUUAUCAAGACCACCGGUUCCUUUGCCAGCACACUGCCCACCUAUCAACGCUCUGAAGUAAUGCUUUUCAUCAUGAGCAAAGUCCCACUGCCCUCUCUCCAUCACCCCAUGGAGACUGGAAAGACGGGGGAGAAUAGGAACCGGCUGACCCAGAUAAUGCUGCUGAAAUCCCUCCUACAGGUAUCCACCGGCUUCCAGUGCAGCAACAUGCUGACUGCCCUGCCCAGUUCCUUCCUGGACCGACUUCUUUCUGCUGCUCUUAUGGAGGAUGCUGAGAUCCGCCUCUUUGUCUUGGAGAUCCUCAUCAGCUUCAUAGAUCGUCAUGGCAAUCGUCACAAAUUCUCCACUAUCAGCACACUCAGUGACAUCUCUAUCCUGAAACUGAAGGUGGACAAGUGCUCCAGGCAAGACACUGUAUUCAUGAAGAAGCAUUCUCAGCAGCUCUACAGACACAUCUACAUGAGCUGCAAGGAGGAGACUAAUGUUCAAAAACAUUAUGAGGCUCUCUACAGCAUGCUGGCACUCAUCAGCAUCGAGCUGGCCAACGAGGAGGUGGUGGUGGACCUCAUUCGCCUGGUGUUGGCUGUCCAGGAAGUGGCCCAUAUCAAUGAAGAAAAUCUGCCUGUGUACAACCGCUGUGCCCUCUAUGCUCUGGGAGCUGCUUACUUGAACCUCAUCAGUCAACUUACAGCUGUGCCCGCUUUCUGCCAGCACAUCCAUGAGGUAAUAGAGACCAGGCAGAAGGAAGCACCAUACUUGCUCCCAGAAGAUGUGUUUGUGGAGAGACCCAGGUUGUCCCAGAAUCUGGAUCAAGUGGUGAUUGAGCUCCUCUUCCGUCAGAGUAAGAUCAGUGAAGUUCUCGGGGGCAGUGGCUACAACUCUGACAGGCUCUGCACACCAUACAUCCCUCAGCUUACAGAUGAAGAUCGCUUAUCCAAGAGGAAGAGUAUUGGUGAAACCAUUUCUCUUCAGGUGGAGGUAGAAUCAAGGAACAGCCCAGAGAAGGAAGAGAGAGUGCCUGCUGAGGAGAUUACCUAUGAGACCCUAAAGAAGGCUAUUGUGGAUAGUGUGGCAGUGGAGGAACAAGAGCGUGAGCGGCGGCGGCAAGUGGUUGAGAAGUUCCAGAAGGCACCUUUUGAGGAGAUUGCUGCACAUUGUGGGGCCCGGGCAUCACUUCUACAGAGCAAACUCAACCAGAUCUUUGAAAUCACCAUCCGACCUCCCCCAAGCCCAUCUGGUACCAUCACAGCAGCCUAUGGCCAGCCACAGAAUCAUUCCAUCCCCGUCUAUGAGAUGAAGUUCCCUGAUCUGUGCGUAUACUGAGUGCCAAGAGUCCAAGGCCCUGUGGAGGAUGGGUCUGAGGGAGGUGAUCCCCACCCCCAUCCCCCACAACAUGGAAUCCUAACUGAGAUCUCGGGGGAGAAAUACAACUUCCAAGUGGUGACCACCUUCCUGAGAGAACAAGUUCCCUCAACCCUUCUUUUCCUCCUGCUCUACCAUCCCAGCUUUGCCACUCUCUUUCAGGCCCUCUAUGCCAGUGGGAGUCUACCUUGCCCACUUUGCCUUGCCUUGUAUGUCACCUGGGGCCCUUUAUAAGGAGAGAUUUGGGGGCUCUUUCCCAAUAAGAGAGAGCCUUGGUGAGCCUUUGGUUGAUGAGUUGGAAGAGGUUUUUUUGGUUUAUUUUUUCCCCCUUGAGACAGAGCCUAUGAACGAUCCAUGGAUAGGCUUUCCAUGUUUCAAAGGGAAGCCCUAUCAAAGAUCUCAGUGGCUUAUGAGCCUAGUUGAAAAUCUAGGGUUGAACAGAAAAUGGAAAUAAGGAAAGGAGACAUCCAACCUCAUGGGCAGUAUUUCCUAGAAAAAGGAAAGUGUUGGACUCUCUCUCCAGGAAUUUCCCAUCUACCAAGUGGAAGUUUGAAUCCCCACCUAACAGAGAUGCUUCAGAAGGGGGUGAGGUACUCAGAGAGCUUCAUCCUCACUGAUUAAUAGACUGAAAUCCCUUCUGCCUGAUGUGAAAAGUCACUGCACAGUUGGACCUAGGGCUAGGCAGAAGGGAAUGGGAUGCCUUAGAAAUUUGGGGGAAAACGGGACCAUGGCAGCUCUAAAACAAAGAUCUAAGAGGAAGCAUGGAACAUCCUUUCCAGGGAUGCCAGUGCUCAGCAAGUAGUUGAUACCAGCAAUUUUUUUCCUGCUCUUGUUCACCCAUAAUAGUUGGCCUGAGCCGAUAAUCUCGGCUUAAUGAAAUUAAGGACAAAGUCUAAUCUGAUAAAGGGAAAACUAGCAAAAUUUUGAGAAUGGGUAGAGAAAGCAGUUUCACCUUCAACUUUCACAUUGCCAAGGAGGCAAAUACACUAUAAAUUGGGAGUCCUGAAUCAUGAGAAAUUAUACCUGAGAAUGCUCUCUCAUAGGAGACAGAAGUGGUAAGGCUGUAUUUGUCUCACUCCCUCUUGGCUAUCUUACCAUCUCUACCUUAUCCGAGACAAUAGGUUAUGAUGUUUCACUGGUCUUUCUUCCUGUGGGGCAAAGGCCUAUUGGGAUUCUAGGCUAGAGAUUCAGAACAAGAGGUAGAUUAAGAUAAUAGAGACUCUCCAAAAAAACAGGAUGACAAGAAGCCUCAAUGCCCUAUUCUGAAUCAUUCCCUUCCCUCAUAGGGAAAGUUAUUUGCCCUGUCCUGGGCAGAGGGUCCCUGGGACUACCAUUGCUACAACAGGAGUUUACCUGCCAGCACUGAGAAUAUUGGGUGUAUCCAUCAAGGAAUGAAUGGGCCAGUUAUAUUGUCUUGAGAUUGCAGUGUGUGAGCCUGUGUAUAUGUGUGUGUAUGUGUGUGUGUGUGUGUGUGUGUGUGUGUGUGUGUGUGUGUGUGUAGGAGGUAGGGGGAGAGGGGAAAAGAGGGGAAGCAUAUGUGUGUACUCUUGGAUAAAGUCUAUAUGUAUAUUUUAUCCAAAUGAGGUGAUAUCUCUGAACUCCAGAGGGUGCAACAGAAGCUCCCUCAAAUUUUAGAUUUUUGGUGCCCCAAGCACCCUGCACUUUGUUAGGUACUCAAUAAACUUUUUAUAAAUGAUGGUGACAAGAAGUUGUUGCAAAGCUCAAUCGGAACCAAUAGAUAUGAGGCUCUAAGCAAUAUGGGAAAGUGGGGAGGAAAGUUUGACUUCAAUGCCCUUUCUGGUUCCAUUCUUUCCUUGCUGAUAUUCCCAAGGGCCAACCACCCUCAAAUGGGCCAUGGCUUAUCUAGAAAUCCAGAUGGCAGAUUCUGAUAGGCACAUCUCUCUCUAAAUAACCCUUUUAAAAUAGCCCUUCUUCUCCCAAUCCUCUAACUUUAUCCCCAAACUCAUUUAUUAGUUAAGCUGAGAUAAUUUACCUGAGGUUGAGUGAAUUAGAGAUUGGUGAGUGGUUUGCCCCCUCUAGGAGAGCAAACCUCUAGGAGGAAGAGGGGAAAGAGACAGAGAGAGAAAAAGGAAAUGAUAUGAGCCCAACUAUCAUAAGGUCACUUUCAGGCCUUUGCUUUAAUCGUUUCAGUAAUUACUGUAUUGGCCUGAAUAUAAAACCUGAAAAUAUAGGACAUGUUUCUAAAACAAGAUCCCUUUUUUAAAAAUGCAUUCUAAAGUUUUAUGCAAGCCUAUGAUAUGUUAGGGGAAAAAAUGCAGCCCACCUUCAACUCAGUCUCUGUUACUGCACUAUGAGUAUGCUAGGUGGUAUAAAUCCCACUUUCAGAGUUGGAAGGGCCUUAAGAAACCACUUUGUGUUAUCAUUAUCAGAAAAGGCUUCUCCCAUAGAACAUAUGUGAUAUGUAGUCAUUAGUCUUCAUUUAAAGACUUUCAGAGAACCUAUUAGUUCUUAAGGCAGCCCAUUUCCUCCAACUCAGAGAAUGUUUUUCACUCCAUAAAACUCAAAUUUAUCUCCUUCAACUAACUGUUCCUCUGCCCUCCAUGGUCAAGCAAAACAUGUCUGGUCCUCCUUUCAUGUAGGAUACCUUAAAAUGCUUUUUAAGAAAAUGAUCAUGUGUCUCCCACUAAGCCAAGCCUCCUUAUUGAUCCUUCUAAAGCAUGAUCUCAAGGCCAGUUGUUACCUCGGCCAAGGUACCUUCUUCUAGCUUAUCAAUGUGCUUGCCAAGAUGUCAAUCAGAACUAAAUAAAGACUCUAACCAGAGGAGUAUCAUUUGAUGAGGGCAGAAUUGUUCUUACCGGUUCCAUAUUCACUUAAUGAAAUUUUAGGUUGCAUGCGGUCCCUGAAAUUCAAGAUGGAGGAGAUCCAGACUUUUAAGCAUGAAAUUCCUCUCCAUUUUAUGUGAUAAAAUAUUUCUUGUUAAAAUAGGAACCUUUAAGUUAGCAUCAAAACACAUAGUUUCUUAGAAGAAACUUUGAAGACAAGAUAGAAAUCCUGAGGGCCAAACUAGGCUUUUCAAACUAAUUAGCUCCAUAGGAUUGUUCUUAGCACUUAACUCUAAAUUUAGCCUUAAAAAAUCUUCAGUUUCUUUCUUACUUGACUUUUGUCAUCCUUCCCCCACCUCUAGUGAUGUUUCUUGUGUCUGUGAUGCUGAGGAGUGGGGAUCAUAAAAUCUAGAGCCAGAAGGGAGCUUAUGGGCCAUAUGGCCCAACCUCCUCCACCCUCACCCCCAUCAUGCCCUCCAUUUCUAUUUUUUUUUUACAGAUAUGGAUUCUGAGGCUCAGAUUUAUGUAAUAAUAUUUCUAUAACACCUUUCUAAGUCUACAGAUGAGGGUAAUUCCACUAGAAGGUGACUACUGGUUUUGAUUAUGACUAUUUCUUAUUCCAUUGUGAAGGGGGAAAAUUAAUUAAAAAUAAAUAUCUAGAUACAUGAUUUAAAUCAGUGAUGUCAAACUCAUAUAGAAACCAGGCCACUUACCCAUACAUAAAGAUUCCUGGGGCGGGGGACUGUAUAUAUAACCACAUAUUAACAUUAUCUUUGUUCUGCUGGUAAUCAUAUUUAUUUGUAGUCAGCAGCAUGGAAGCUUUGACUUAGAGCAUCAAUUCUAUGCCCUUUCCACCCCCAUCCCCAAAUCAGGAGAAACUUUUCUGCACUUUUAUUUUCUCCUUGUGAAGAAGCUACUUCUGACUCUUCUGGUACCUGAGUUAAGUAAUGUCUAUUACCUAAUUUAAUCAACAGGUUAGACCAAAUUAUCUUAACAAUUAGCAACAAGUUGUAAUAGAUCAUUGGAUUCAAAGGGGCUAGAUUGAAUCCUAGCUUUUCUAAAGUAUUUAUGUGAUUAGGGCAAAAUACUUUUCUCUUGGACUUGGUUUCCUCAUCUGCAAAAUUAAGACAAUGGAUUAGAUUAUAGGAUCUUAUGGUUAAAGAACCUUAAAAAGUAAGCUAGUCCAGUGUCCUUAUAAGUGUGGAAACAGAUGGUCUAUGAGGUUUUUCCAGCUCUUGAUCAUAGGAACCUGUAAAAAUCCUGCUUCAAAGUCAGUGUGCCUUACAGCAAGGUAUUGCAGGGAGAAGUAGUGAGUUCUUAACAUUCUCAUCCCAGCAUUGAUCCCAGGGAAUGAGGAGGAGAUUAUUUCCUCUUCUUCGCCAAUCCCCCUUUGUUAUCUGUAUUGUGAGGAGGCCUUUUUCUUCUCCUGGGUAAAGGCAGUCAGAAACUAUCUUUCAAUCCAAUGCAGCAGAUAGUUAUUGAGUACCUGCUAUAUAUGAGCUCCAGUGCUAGGUGCUGGAAAUAUUAAGACAAAAUAAAAAAUCUAUGCCCUCAAUCAGUUUAUAUUCUAUCUGACCAUGCUCAGCUGGAUACUCCAUUACACUGUUAAUGGCCAAAAGAUGAGCUUCUGUUUUGAGAGAACUCUACUGUGAAUGCAACUAGAACUUUCCUGAGAAGACUUAAUCAGACAUGAAUAUAUUUGAAAACCCCAAUUUUUCUUAACUAAGCUGAGUUUUCCUUCAAGUAGGGAUCUCAGAGUCCUAUGGAUACUCCCUCCUUCAUCUUCUCAUUUGAGAGCAUAAAAAUACUAACUUCCAUUAAAAUACCCUCUUAAUAGAAAGUAAGAUUGGAAAAUUAGUAGUGUCAAGAUGAGGUUAAAUGAAGUCAUUCUGCAAAGAGGUGAAAAUCUAUGCUAGCUGCACUUAACAUUUGGGGGAAAUGUUCAAUAAGGUUGAGAGCUACAUUACGAUUUCAAUGGCCCUGCACCAAUCUGACUAGCACCUUCUCUACAAUGUGUGGGCAGCUAGGUGGUGGUGUGGAUAUAGAAUAGGAUAGCAGGCCUGAAGUCAGAAAGACUCAUCAUCUUGAGUUCAAAUUCAUCCUCAGACACUUAUUAGCUAAGUGACCCUGAAUAAUAUGUCACUUAUUGCCUUAGUUUUCCUAUCUGUAAAAUUAUCUGGAGAAGGAAUUGGCAAACCACUCCAGGGUCUUUGCCAAGAAAGCCCCCAGUAGCGUUGACAAAAUUAAUCAGGCACAACUGAAAUAUGACUUAACCAACUACCACUAUAAUUUAUUCUUGGUGGCCUGGAACUCAGAUAUACAGUAGAACUUAAUGACUUGGAACCUGCAGAAAAUUAAAAUAGCUCAAGGAUCAGGUUUAGAUCUUCUGAGGUCUCUGGGUUAUGAUCCUGUCUGAUUACAAUCCCAUUGUCCCUGAUAGGUAAUUCUCUCCACAGUGCUAAAUUAUGUUUGAUUCUAUAUAACUUGGAAGGCUGAGCCCAGCUCAGAAUCCAUGUUCUUAUUGGAUCCCUCGAGGGUAGCAUUGGCAGACUGCGCUGAAACAACAUGUCUACAUUUCCCUGGAAGAUACACGCAAUUUAGGGUCACUUAUGGUCCCCCUCUGCCAGCAAUCUUCAAAGUAAAAAUGAACUAUUUGCUUCAAGUCUAAUCCAGGCCCUAAGUGCUUCACGAAGAUAUUGUGAGUGGGGUUAUUUCUAUUUAUCUUUAUGCCCCUGGUACCCAACAGUUUUUGGCAUAGUGUCUGAACCUGUGAUUUGAUUGGUAUAGAGAACUCCCAGGGGAGGAACCUCCUACCCGUGUUCAGAUCAGCAAUUUCUCUGCAAUUUGGAUUGUCAGAAUAUACUAUUAGAAGAGGAAUGGGCUGCUGAAUUUGGAGUUGGGCCUAGAGAGUUUAAUUCUACCUGAGGACCAAAGAAGCUGAGUUCACCUCUUUUUCUGAGAGAUCUGGGAAUAGGGAAAAUCCUCUCCUUCCAUCUCCUCUCGAUUUCUGAAAAGCACUUAAUUAGCCGAAGGGGACAAGAGGCACUCCUAGCUAGAAAACCUGUAAAUGCUUCUGUCCUCAGAUUGCAACGUGUCUGUGUGUGUAUGUGUGUGUGUCCUAUCUAGACCUUUAUGUCCUGGGUGGGUGGGGUGGGGGAGAGCAUAAGUGCCACAUAGUUUCAAACACAUGUAUAUAAUAGCUGAUAGAUUUAUUUAUAUGUGGGGGUAGAAUUAGUGACUGAUAGCUUCUGUAUUUAAAAUUUAUUGGAACCCAUUGGCUUCAUUUGUGGGCUGAGGAAAAGGUAGUAGAUAUGGGGGGAGGAGGAGGGAGCUGUGGAGGGAUGAUACUAAAGUAAUUCUUUAGGGAAUGUUUGUCGAUAUUUUCCAAUAUGUCUUUAUGAUGCCCUUUUCAAAUAAAUGUUAAUGUUGUCUCCA